AUGGGUGCAUCAGGUUUAGGUUCUGGUUUAGCAAAUUGCAUUAAUCUCUCAAAUUUGACACUUGACCUUUAUGGUAAUUAAAUUGGUGACGAAGGUGCAUCAGGCUUAGGUUCUGGUUUAGCAAAUUGCAUUAAUCUCUCAAAUUUGACACUUUACCUUUAUUUCAAUUAAAUUGGUGACGAAGGUGCAUCAGGCUUAGGUUCUGGUUUAGCAAAUUGCAUUAAUCUCUCAAAUUUGACACUUGACCUUAGGUAAAAACAGUUAAUUUGUUUUGGAUUGUGA